AUGGGGCGGCGAGCACUGCGCCCUGGUGGGCUGGACUGCUGCCUGCACGUAUGCGUUGGGCUGGUGGUCUCUGUGCUUCUGGUGGCUGCUCCACGAGGUGCGGUGGGCCAAGAUGGUGGUGGGAAUCGCACUGUUAAAUUGCUGGUAUUUGACGCGACGGACACCUUGAUGACUCCGCACAUCAGGCUGGCAGCUGGUGCGGGCUUCGAAGCGGCGCUAUGGGUUCACAAUUUUACCGCGCCUGGCGGCACAAAGAUAAAUAUCACUCGGAAGUUGGUGGAACUGGAUAAAAUACGCGGUGAAGUUGUUAAUGAUUUAAAUACUGAUCCUGAAAUACUCCUACUUCUCGGCCCUAAAGAAGAACAGCCCCUGCUUCGCGCCUUGCCGGCACUGGGUCCGCAGAAUUGCGUGUCAUUUGCACCCAUCGCAGGCUCCAGCGAAGUCCGUGGGUGGAAUCCGAAUCUGUUCUUUCUUCGCCCCGAGCCUUUCGCUGAGCUGGUUGCGCUCAUCCGCUACGCUGUGACCCGGUUGCGUGUGCUGCGACUGGGCUUCAUGUACCUGCAGGGUGUGCUGUACGGCGAGAUUGAAUACUUUUUUGCUGAAGAGGAAUUGUAUUAUCUAGGCUACACGUUUAGUGGCGUGUUCACUCUGAAGAGCUCCUUCAACGCCUCCGCUGCUGACGAUGUGUUUAACGCCGAGUGGGAGCGGUUCGCCGAGACCCGUCCUCAGGCUGUGAUUGUUGUGGCUCCACAACUGAACGACACCAUCAAAUUUAUCCAAAAAAUGUUGAAAGACCCACGCACUUCACGGGCUUUCCUUCUUGGCCCGUUCGCUGUGCAAGAUACCCUAUUGACCACUUGGCAGGAGGCGGAGAAGAAUGGUGUUAAGUAUAUGCCUGGCCAACUUGUCACCGCAGGUGCCCAUCCCCCCGCCAACAACGGCCAAUACCUCGCCGUCAAGCGGUUUCAGAAGGAGAUGAAGGAUUUUUUGACGAACAGAGUGCCGAAGCUUUACGAGGACAAUGAGCAUUUCCUCAAGAAUGACAACGAUGGAGAAAUGAUGAUUGCGGGGUGGAUAGUUGGCAAUGUUCUUUUUCAAACACUGAGCAAUCCUGAGUUGCUGAAAAGCAGGAAGAGCUACACAGAAUCUCUUUUCAACCAACGGCGCUUUGUUGUUGACGACCUUGUGUUCGGCGACUUCGGUGGUGAGUGCGCCGGUAUUGCUGCUUCACAGGGUGCCAUGUGCAAGUGCAAUCAGGGCGGUCGAACGGUGUUCAUUAAGCAUUUUGUCGAAAACUUUCGUAUGGAAGAAUUGACCGUGGCAAGGCUGGUUACCCCGCUACAGAAAUGCUACGUUUCACAGCUACGACUCAUGCCGCCUUUUAACGGCGUUGUCAUACGAAUUACUGAUGACCCUAGUGUAGUGCCGAUACUUCAGAAAAUGGCGGUUGGCUUUUAUGCAGCGGUGGGUGCCGACGCCGAUCGUGCUGACAUAAGCGACCUUACAUUUCAAUUCAUUGCCACUACCACCACUGGCGCGCGCACAGCACUGCUAGCCGAAAUGCAGCAAAAGAACAUUCACGGGGUUGCUGGAAUUACUACGGACGAUAUACUGGAUACGCCCAACCUUGUAUUCAUCGAUGUUGUCCAUCUAAAGCCGCGGCUCAACAAACGAAGGAGGCACGAUAUCCGCCUGUCACCGACGCUGGAGCAGGAGUUCUUUGUGCUUGCGCAGUACCUUGCCAACACUACUGUCGCCAACGCCCACGCUGUGAUCCGCAGCGACGAGGCGGCCGCGAUGCAGGAUGUGCUACGGCGUUCGCUUGUGACGUUUGGCGGGUCGCUGAAGUCGUCCGCGCUUCUGGGUGGCGGUGACGCCCUGGGGGACUACCUGCCGCGGAAGGGAGUUGUGUUCGUCGUGGGCCUUGCUGCUGCCGAUGUCGCUUUGAUCGCGGGUCACCUGGCGAAGCACAGCGGUGCGCGUGUGUUUGUGCUGUUCACGGAGUUCUCGUUGCUGUACGGUGAGUUUGUUGCUGCGUUCAAUGGGAGUGCGGCUGCUGAGCGCCUUGUGUU